AUGUUUAACCUAGUGGUGAUUUUCUGCCUUUUCGGAGUGAUUUUCUGUGCUCCACCACAACAACGCAUUGUUGGAGGCAGUCCAAUAGACAUCACUCAAGUACCCUAUCAAAUUGCUGUUGGUAAUGCUACAUCCAUAUGGUGUGGAGGUUCCAUCAUUAGCGAAAAAUUUAUAGUGACAGCUGCACAUUGCUUUAAUGACCAUGAUAUUACAACUGAAGGAUUCCUAGUCUUUGUUGGUAUGACAAAACUCAACGAAAUUAAUCCUUCUAUGGCGAAAGGUAUUGUCAGCGUUCACGUACAUCCAGAAUAUGACCGAUCCACACAAAGUAAAGAUAUUGCCAUAAUGGAACUAAAUGAUGACUUAAACUUCAAUACAAAAGUCAAAAAAAUAGAUUUACCAAGAUUUGAAGAAGAGACACCUGUAAAUGCUUAUGGUUAUGCAUCAGGCUGGGGAAAACUGAGUGAAAACGGCCCUACUUCUGUUAAUUUACAAAACUCAUCAGAAGGCUAA